AGAGGAGGGGCUCCAGCGUGGGGGUGAUGAGAUGGAGCCCCCAGCCGGGGGCUCAGUCGGGGUGACAGGCAGCAGUGACGUCUCACUUUUUGCAGGGAUCCAGGUCCGGCACGACCAGGAUCUGGGCUACAUGCACCACAAGUUCGCCAUCGUGGACAAGAAGGUGCUGAUCACUGGCUCGCUGAACUGGACCACCCAGGCCAUUCAGAACAACCGGGAGAACGUGCUCAUCAUGGAGGAUGAGGAGUACGUGCGGCUCUUUCUGGAAGAAUUUGAGCGUAUCUGGGAGGAGUUUGACCCUACCAAGUACAACUUUUUCCCUCAAAAAAAGAGAAGUCGCUGAGACGCCUGCACGUGGGGAGGUGGGGCCGGCGUCCCUCGAGCUGGAGCGACCCUCGGGGGCCACGGCGACGUUCCCGCUAGGAGCCGCGCGCUUCCGGGGCCGGGAUCCACAUUCUGUGCAAGGAAAGCCAGUCCCGUUAAAUUCUCCUUUGUUAAAUGGUACAGUUCCCUAGAGAGUGUUGGGGUUUACGAGGAAGAGGCCAUGCUGCAGCGGAAGGGCGGGUUUUUGGACCGAGUGCCGGGUGCCUCCGUCAGGGUUGCGCCUGCAGGGAGGGCCGCCGCCUCAUCACGGAGGCCGAUCCGAGCCCCUUUCCUGGUUCUGGGGCCUCCCCGGCUUCCCCUGACCCGUCGGUCCAGCCCUCGGGCCCUCCAUGCUCCCUCAGCCCCCAUCCAGCUGGCGGAACCUGGGUGGCCAGAGGGUGACGGUCCGUCCCUCCCUGCUGUGUGCAGCUCCUGGGGGGAGGGGCGGGGGAUGGCCCGGUGAAUCACUCAGUAGAAGGGAUGAGCUCUGAGAGCUUGGUGCUUGGCAGCCCCUGGUGUGUGUGAGGUGAAGUGAGCAAUCGUAACCGUGGAAACAGGAGUGUCCAGAAGCUGCUCCUGUUUCCACGUGUUAGGAUUUUAAUUUUUAGCAUCCUCGCGUUCAGAGAAAUUCGGUUGUGCAUUCAGAAUUGACCUUCACCGUGACCCUCAUGGCUUUGCUCAGUAUCACCGAGGCGAGGCGGGUCCCAGGGGUGGCCUCACUGGGCUGUCCUGGUUCCCGGGGCAGGGAUGUGACAUGUUCGAACUGUCCCGGAGGCAGCUCCGAAGACAUCUGGACAGCAGUUGCUCCGUCCUGUCCCUCAGGCCCGGUGGGCACCCCUGGGUCUCCUCCCUUAUCUCCCAGCCCCUGGGGACCCCUCCCCACAUGGCGUGUUCCUCUCCACUUAAAGUUAUCUCUGACUUAGAGUGUCAGAUAGGUAAACCCGAAACUUAGCUUUUCUUACCCAACCAAAGCUGUGUUCUCAGAUUGGAAGUCACAGAUGUGGCUUCACAGUGACCGUGUUUCUACCCCUGAGCUGGGCCCGCCGCCUCGAAUAAACGCACUCUCCCCUAGUCGACUGGCGUUGUGUGUUUCUGCCUUUUGUUCAUUCAAAUGGUGACUACUUAUUAAACAAAACUUCCUUUGGUGGGGGGGGGGCAACAUGCAGCUGUUUAGAAACCGUUGGCCAAGGCAGGAACCUCUCGAGGAGUGAAGACUUGGGGGUGUUGCUUGGGGGACCCCCAGUGUCUUCCGAGUGUCCGCCCGGCCCGCGCGGGGCCUGUGCCUUCCUUCCAGGAGCAGGCGGUGUCCGGAGUCCCAGCCCCACCGUCGAGGUUGAUGUUGCAGAAGUUGUGAAAUGAGCUCAUCUCACAUAGCUUUUUACUUAAUGUGAUUUUAUUUAUAUUGUUUUAGUUAUUGUCAUCUUAGCGGUGGGAAUUUGAAUCUGAUCUCAUCAAGUUCCAGAUUAACAGCCUUUCUGAAAGGAAAACAACGCUUUCUCUGAGGGCCUGGGUGCUGACGAGGCCGGAGCACUAAGAUCAGCCUCCACUUCGGAGGCUGUUCUGUCCCCUUGAGGGUGGGUGACCAUACGAGGUGAGCAGAGCCCUGCCCUGACAGGAGAGGCGUGAGGAGGGGCAGCUGGGCUGGGGGCAGGGCACAGGCCCACCCCGGCGUGUCCGGUCCUCCAGGAGAGCCAGACGGGUUCACGGCCGAGGCUGCGUGGUUCCCAGGUCUCCGGGUCGUGAAAGCAGGUGAGCUGAACCGUUGGCGUUUUCUUGAUUCAGAAGGUAGUUCAGGCCAAGUCAGCGGCUUGUGCUGAGCGGCAGUUGUCUGGGGGUUCAUCCAGUGAUGGGCAGGCACACUGAGGAGACCCCCAGAAGAGUGGCUGACAUGCUGCGGGCAGGGGACACCAGGCAGUGACCUGAGCACGGAGGGGGAGAGGCUGGGAAGGGACUUGUGUGGCGUGUCGUCCGAAGCUGCACGCUUCGUCCACAGGAUUCUGUCACGAACGGAACCAUUACAGGAGGGAAUGAACCCCCAGGAGGCUUGGCAGUUGCUCCCUGAGAGGCAUCGAGGUCGGCUCCCCUCUUACGGCCCCCGCCCCGCCCCCCAGGCUCCUGGCCAGCCUCGAGAUUUUGGUUCAAGGUCGUCAUUUUAACUACGGGGCAGUGAUGCAGCUUAACAAACCUGACAGGCAAAGUUAAUUAAACAUUGGCACAGUUAACGUGUAAAAUAUUUUAAACUCAUGCAACCCGUGUGGUAAAAAAAAAAAUGUCCUGGGAGUAGUUUGUCCCGUAGCUGUUAAAUACACGAGAAUGUUGGGUUCAAACAGUGCAGUUCCGUUGUAUUUAAAGCACUGUAUUGGUUGUACUGAAUUGGUUUUUAAAGCAACUGACUAGUUUAAAAAAACACUCAG